GUUGGAGGCAGAUAUCUCUCAACUCCCAUGCUUUCCGCUUGAAGAAGCUCUUUUUUUUUUGGCCCUUUUGAACCCUCCUUUCAUCGAUUCUUUAUAUCAAUACGUCCUCCUCCGGCCCUCCCCGACAUCCCGAAAGUCCCUUGCCAUCUCAUACAAGCUCCUACGCCGCCUUCAACCUCUCCCUCCCCGCAUCAAGUACGCCUUCCUCCAUCCCCAGGCUUCCAGCGUCAUUAGGUAUCGGAAUUCUCGUCAUCACCAAACCAGCGCAUUCGUUGCUCGUCAUCGUCAGCAUGGCGGGGUGGUUUUCUUCGACUUCGCCUCUCGACGAGCAGGUCGAGCGUGCAACCUCAUCUUCUCUAGAGGAUAUCGCUCUCAAUUUAGAGAUCUCCGACCUGAUUCGAUCCAAGGGUGUCCAACCAAAAGAUGCCAUGCGAUCCUUGAAGCGACGAUUAGAGAACAAGAAUCCAAAUAUUCAAAUUGCGACCCUCAAGUUAACCGAUACAUGCGUCAAAAAUGGCGGAACCCAUUUCCUGGCAGAAAUCGCGUCGAGAGAGUUCAUGGACAACCUGGUCUCGCUUCUUAAGGCCGAAGGUGUCCCUUUGAACUCCAAUGUGCAAGAUAAAAUGCUGGAACUGAUUCAAGACUGGGCCAUGGCGGCUCAAGGACGCUUCGACCUCGGCUACUUGGGAGAAACAUACCGAAAGUUGCAGAAUGAAGGUUUCCGUUUCCCACCCAAGACCGAAAUCAGCGGGAGCAUGCUGGAGAGCAGUGCGCCUCCAGAGUGGAUUGAUUCCGACGUUUGUAUGCGCUGCCGUACGGCGUUCAGUUUCAUGAACCGCAAGCACCAUUGCCGAAAUUGCGGUAACGUCUUUGAUGCGCAGUGUUCCAGCAAGAGCCUUCCUCUGCCCCACCUAGGAAUAUUACAGCCGGUCCGUGUUGACGAUGGAUGCUAUGCCAAAUUAACUUCGAAGCCAUUCCUCCAGGGUGCCCUGGCAGACCGGUCGGCUUUCAAGAACAACUCGAUCACCAAGUCAAAUGCAAUGGAACCCCGUGGUGCCAGGGCGGAGAGUGGCUUCGAUGAUGACCUGCGUCGAGCUUUGCAAAUGAGCUUAGAGGAAGUCCAAAAUAAAGGAGGUUACGUUCCACAAUCCAAGCCGACCCAGGAGCCCCCGAAAGCGGCCAAUCAACCCAGCACCGAUGAGGAGGAGGAUGCGGAUUUGAAAGCUGCCAUAGAGGCAUCGUUACGUGAUAUGGAAGAGCACAAGCAGAAGCAUGCGGCUGCCUUGAAGAACACUGCUGUCCCAGACUCUUCGCCUCGCGCAAUGCACACCACGACCACCCUGCCCAAGAAUCCAUAUGAGCUGAGCCCUGUCGAGGUAGAGAAUAUCCAUCUUUUUGCCACUCUGGUUGACCGAUUACAACAUCAACCGCCGGGGACCAUCCUCCGGGAACCCCAGAUUCAGGAGCUGUAUGAGAGCGUCGGAGCGCUUCGGCCGAAGUUGGCCCGCAGUUAUGGUGAAACUAUGAGCAAGCACGAUACACUGCUUGACGUGCAUGCCAAGCUGUCUACCGUUGUCCGAUAUUAUGAUCGCAUGCUAGAGGAACGCCUAUCCAAUGCCUACUCCCAGCAUUCUCUAGGUUAUGGACAGCUCCCGGGAGCUUCUCAAUAUCCGAAUAUCUAUCCAUCCAUGCCCCCGAAUGUGGCCGAUACGAAAACAGGAGCCGAGAACUUUUAUUAUGGAAUUUCAGGUGCCGAACAACCCCAGCCUGCCAGCAGCACAUCUUACGCCCAACCACCGUCAGAACCACGGGAGAAUGCAGGCCUUCGCAGUGGCGCGAUCAGCCCCAGCAUGCAACACCAACAGCACCCCCCACAGCCUAUGUCCCCCACUUAUCCUACGUCAGCGCCACCCCCCUCCCAGUUUUAUGGUAAUCCCACCUAUCCGGAACAAGAUGCCAACCCAUUCCCGCCUCCUGAGACACCUUAUCAAGGAUCGCCCGUGGCCAGGCGAGAUUCUCAAUAUCAGCCAACAGGAGUUCCCCCGAAUGCUCCCGCUCCCGAUCAACUACCUCCCAUCGACCACGGUGCUCUUUCAGGGUAUAUGCAGCCGACAGAUUCUCGUCCUCCCCCUCCCACUGGCCCACCCGUCCUCCAGCAUCAACCACCGGAGCCGCCAACCCAAGUAUAUUACCAUCACCAACAGCCCCCCUCAUCGGGAGCGAAUUUCCAGGGGUAUCCGCAGGCGACUCCAGGUUACCAGGGUCCAUAUGGUGGUGAUGUCUCCCCUCUCAGCGCGCCUGCCCCUCCCGUACAGUAUCAGCCACCGGCGCCAUCCAAACCCGCCGUAGAAGAGAGCUUGAUUGAGUUGUAGUGUGGCCCGAUCCUUCUUUUUAUUUUAUUUUUUUUUGGUAUUUUGUUUGUGUUAUGGUCCUUGUUUCCCUGUGACAAUUAUGAUACCAGAUGAAUUGAUUGUUUUCUGGCCUCGAGGUUCCCUUCCAAUCAUUUCAUGAUACUAGGCCAUUUCUUUCUUUCUUUCUUUCUUUCUUUUUUUCUUGUCUGCAGUGUUCAUUUUUAAGCUGUAGGAAGAUUUUUGAUUUCCAAGUGACUGGACAAGACCAGGUUCUAGUACGCGUAACAAUACAUCCAUCCAUACAUACCAUU